AUGCAACGAAAACAUGCCUGUCUAUCGUGUAUUGCGAUGGACUACGGUAGUGAAGCGAUCGUCACUACCGUAACCAUCCGUAACCAUGCUGAUUCGUGUUAUUUUCAGAGGUCACUGCUCGUCGUGAUGACGUUCAGCGAAGGGGAGACGCUGUUCUUACACGGCAGAGUGGCAGAUAUGGAAUUGAAGCCAAUGGUGUGCCUGGUGUGUGGAAGGGCCUCAAAUACGGGACAUCACUAUGGGGUAACAGCAUGUCUUGGAUGCAAAACAUUUUUUCGAAGGGUCGUAUUGCAAGGAACACAACCUAAAUGUAAAUUUCAAAAUAAGUGCCUCCUCGUUAAAGGUGCUCAUGCAAAACGAAUUUGCCGGAGUUGCCGAUUUACAAAGUGCAAAGAGAUAGGAAUGAAUGAACAAGCGCUUCAUCCAUGUCGGGAUCUGAUCGGAAGGAGGCAAACAUCACAAUCUGAAUCAAUUUCACCUUCCGACAGCCCAUCAUCCUCAUCAUCUUCAGGGGGAAAAUUAUCACCAGCAUCAGAAGAAGCGUUGUUUUUUCUUUACGGGCUGAGAGACAUGGAUUCACAAAUCAGACGAAGCUACGCUGCCAGACGAGGUCACUGCGUCGUUGGACCUGAACAAGACAGGUUCUUCUACAAUCCGAUCUGCGAUUUCUCUGAUGUGGCCCCGAACGGGGAGUUGUCGGAAUCGAUACGUGGCGACAUCGCGAUGGCAGUUGAAUGGGCCGAACAAGUUCCUUCAUUCCAUCUCCUCUCCCCUCUGCUCAGACGUCAUCUUCUGCAUCGAUUCUGCCUGAUGUUCGUGACUAUCGAGCAUGGUCUAUUCACAGCACAGAUGCCAGCACAUGACAAUGUAUGGUUUCUGUCAGAUCGUACUUGUCUUGUUCGGAAUGUGGACGCGAUUCCCGAAGAGAUUAAAUUACACCUCACACCAAAAACCUCUAUGGCUCAACAGUUGCUCUAUCCUUUAACUGCUGUGUUAAUCGAUGAGAUUGCGCAACCGUUACGAAAACUAAGGCCUACACCUGAAGAAGUGGCCGCUUUGAAGGUUCUUAUGCUCAUGAAACCAACAAUAAUACGCGAAACUGAAGGAAUUCCGCUGGCGAAUCCAGAAGAGUUGAGGAUUCUUUCCGAUGUACGUGACAAAGUGCUCACCGGACUGCAUGCGUUCUAUUUGGCAAGCGGAGAAGAAAAUCCAGAGGAACGACUCAGCGAUCUACUAAUGCUGAGUGGAGGCGUUGCAAUAUGUGCUGCUCAGGAGCUAGAAGGACUGCAUUUGUUACGAUUCUUUGACAUGGCCAGAUUCGAUGACGACUGUUCAAAGUUGCUGUUUGGUGGAUAA